CUUCUCUUUGAACCCUCUUCGAUCGAUCUAUCGAUCGCGAGAUGGAAGACGAUGAGGAAGUAGAGAUCUUGGAACCCUACGGCCUUCACUUCUCUGAUCUCAUGCUCUUGAGUUCAGAUGAAGCUUCAUCGCCGCCGUCUUCGGACCAGGAAGAGAUCCGACGGCUAGAAUCGAUCGCCAGAAGCGUGAUGGAGAAUCUAGGGCCCAAUGGCCCCGGCCUGAUAACAAUCGCCGGAGUCCCCAACGCCACCCGUCUCCGCCGCAGUCUCCUCCCUCUUGCCCGCAGGCUCGCCCUUAUCGACGCGGACCGUCGCAAACGCGUCCUCAAGGAGCACAACUUGGGGAGUGAUGUCCCAAUGAAAAAACUUGAUAGAAGUGUCUCAUCUUUUUCAAUGCAGCUAAAAUAUAUGCAAGGUACUAAGAGUGCCACUAUUGAUGCUAGUCCUGAAAGUGGAUAUAGUCUCAGUGAACAACAAAAUUAUCCUGCCGUUGACAAGUCCAUAGAUUUUCAAGGGAGUGAAUUUGAGGAUCUGGGUAAUAGUUUUAAGGAUCUAGGAAUUUGCAUGAUGAAGCUGGGGCUCUGCCUUGCACGAAUCUGUGACAGGCACCUUGGUAGCCAAGAACUCGAGCAAAGUUUACUGGCAUCCUGCACGGCAAAAGGCCGUCUUAUACACUACCAUUCAACUACAGAUAACCUUGUCUUGAAAGAGGCUGCUAAAAGCAAGCAAUCUACCAAAAGAAAAGCUGGUCAACAACCAAUUAAGAAUGAGCAACUGUAUACAAAUGGAAGUGAUGCUAGAUCCUGCGGCAAUGGUUCCAAUCUGUGGCAGCAAUGGCAUUAUGAUUAUGGUAUUUUCACUGUUCUUACAAGUCCAUUGUUUUCUUUCCCAUGCCACAAUGAAAAAACAUGUGCAAAUAGAUGCUUUUGCUCUUCUUGUCAGCAAGAAUAUUCUACUCCCAGUGGGCAUACGUAUCUGAAAAUAUUUGAUCCAACUAAGAAUAUGGUUCAGAUGGUGAAAGCAUCUCCUGAGAGUUUCAUUGUUCAGGUGGGAGAAGCAGCUGAUAUCAUAUCGAAGGGGAAGCUUCGAGCAAACCUUCAUUCCGUCUGCAGACCAGCUAAAGUGGAAGACCUGAGCAGGGAAACUUUCGUUGUCUUCUUGCAGCCAGCAUGGACUAAGAUUCUCUCUCUUUCAGAUUAUUCUAUUGAAAGAUUCCAAGCAAACAGUCAAUGUUCUACGAUACAAAAUGGGGAUACUUGCAUUGGGGAACAUGAUCAUGACAGACUAGGUCAAGAACUGCAUAAAAUAGUGCCACCACUUUCCUUGCGGUUGAAAGAUGGGAUGACAUUUGCUGAAUUCUCAAAAGAAACUACCAAACAAUAUUAUGGUGGCAAUGGCUUGCAGUCUAAAAGAUAAAGAUCUGCUCGGUUUACUAUACUAUGCAAAAUGCGAUGGUUGGUAGAACUUGUAUUAUCUCAAUUUUCUGUAAUCAUAUUACUUGGUCAUGGAAAUCUUAUGAGAAGUGGCCUUUUCUUUUU